UUUUGGUAACGCAGCGUGUUAGUCGUGUUGCUUUUAAAACGUCUCGAUAUACUCACUCAGCUUCUGUCACUCGCGACCUGUUGUUGGCCAAAACGCGCGCGCGCAACUAAACGACACGGGCUAAUAGCGCUGAACAAGAAGAAACAAAUUAUACUAUAACGACGACAGCAACAACAAUUAGUGCAUCCAGAACACACAAAACGAUCAGCAUGCAACAGAAGGCCGAAGAGAAAAUCGAUCCCUUGACACGCAUUCAAGAGGAAAUUAAGGAAGUCGUGCGACGCGAGGAGGAAUAUCGCCAGCUGGCCACGGAGCAUUCCAACACGACCGCAUCAACAACAACAACAACAACAACAGCAGCAGCAGUAACACCAAUGCAGCUACCCAUGCUGAAAGUCGAUCCCUUGUCACGCAUACAGCAGGAAAUCAAGGAGGUGGAGCGACGCGAGGAGGAGUACCGUCAGCUGGCAACGUCGAGCGCAACCCCGCCACCCAUACAGGUCGAGUUCGAGAGCUACAACGGCAAUGUGGAGCGGGCCAACAACAAUGCUAACGAGUCGGACGAGACCGAUCAGGGAGUGUUGGUCACUGCUCAGCCGGCGGCCAUACAGAGCACAACGUUGGAUGCGCUGCUCGUACCCGUCGAUCGCUCGCCGUCCAAUACGCCCUCGUUGACCUCUAGCGUGAAUAGCAACAAGGAGGAGAGUCUCGACGAGCAUCAUUCGGACGAUUCUGGCAUAUCGGCCUCCUCGCUGAGCAUCAAGAUUAACAUCAACAACAACAACAACAACGGAAUUGUUAAGCCCAAGUACAACAACAACAACAACAUCAGCAGUGCAAUACUCCGCGAACAACGCUAUAUUGGUCCCAAUUGCUAUAACCUGACGCCGGAACCGCCGCAACAAAAGAUGAUGACUCGCACCAUAUCCACGCCCCAACUACAUGGCUUGCAGCAAAGGCGCCAGUUUGCCUUCAAUGGCUCCACCAAGGGUGUCAUGCAGCGUUUCAUUGCCUCGCAUGGAAAGAUGACCCUGGGCUCUGGUUCGGGCCUGAGCCCAUCUCUGAGUCCCAUGGUAUUAAGCAAUGGGCGCGUCUCUCCACUGUCUCCAGCUGGUAAUGGCCAGAUUCCGCCACUGAAGCUAAACACUCGCACGGCCUUGGCCUUUCUGGAGAACGGAGGAGGCGGCGGUGGCAGCUCCGGCGGUGGUACACCCGGGGCCAUGCUUACAAACACUCUGUCGCCGGCGGCCAUUGAGCGCGACUCAGAGGGUAGGCCGCUGCGUCGUGGCUACGUGCCCGUCGAACAGAAAAUUCAACGCGAGCUGCAGGAUCUGAAAUCGCGUGAAACGGAGCUGAAGCGCUUACGCAAGCUCAACAGGCAGAAUACCUUAAAGCAGUCAUUGGACAAGCUACAACUGAGCACCGACGAUGAGGCUGAUGCUGGUGAUGGUGACGAUGACGAGGAUUCUGAAGUGGAGCACUGUUAUGGCCCGGGAAAAUUACGCAACGCACAGUCGACUCUGGAGCUGGAUAGCAACGACUUGGAGCUGGCCUACAAGACGUCGGGCAAUCGCAGCCUAAACAUCAAUGCCCAGAGCCCGUCCGCUGGAAUGCGACCGGCCAUGUCGCUGGCUCAACUGUGUGACCUUACGCCCGAGGAGGCUCCUUCUUCACAUCGCCUGAUUGCGCAGUGGGAGAGUCUGAUAAAGAAGAACGCCGAGGGGUCUAUUAUCGAGGCGGCUAUUUAAAACGCUGCGACUAAGCGCAGAACACACCAAAUUAUUAUUAUAAUGCCUACCUUUACUUAUACAUAUACAUAUUUUAUAACGCAAGCUGUCCCUUGUCCUACUUUCGUUUGUUUAUUUUUGUUUUCUUUUUUUUUUUUGCUUGAUAUAUAAUUGUAAGUUUUGAGUUCCCCGGAGUGGGUCGCGUUAGUCAACAGCAAAGAAGAAUCGAGAUGUAAGAGGGAACAGCAGCUAGAAUGGGAUACGAGUGGAGAGAAGUAUUAAAUGUUCCGAGAUCGAGUGAAGGAUAUGUCAGACCUUGUGCUGAUAUUGACCCACAAAUGUAUAAAAUACAUACAAUCUAUCCAAUCAUUUUUUUAUACACCCUGUUAGAGCUUAAGUAACAUCAACGAAUUAUUCUUAAACGAAACGAACAUUUUGCAUGUACUUAAAAAAUAUUUUCUGCAAUAUUUUUCUCUUUUUUUUUGUGUGAUUAAUAUGUGUCUCUGUACUAUAAAAUGUUGAAAUCUGUUGUAUAUAAAGUUGUCCAUUUUUAAGUGCAGGAGCCUGGACAUCUUGCACCAUAAUUUAUUGAAAUCAACUAUAAAUAUACGUUCUACAUACGAUAUACGAUGCUACCAAUAUGGGAAAAUAAAAACAUUUCAUGAAAAUGACAAA